UCCAGACCUUGGAUGAGUUUAAUGGCCAACUCUCUAUGCUACCUGAGGAUUGUCGGACUUUGGAGGCUAGGAAUGCCAUUUUCCAUGAGUUGAUAGGUCAUGACAAUCAUGGAUAUUGUCGCACAUACGGGAGAACUGUGCCUCGGAGAGCAGUGUAUAAAGAUGGUGCAGGGCCAUCACAGUCAGCACCCCAGCCAUCGACUAUUGUUCAGAUCACCCAGCAGGUUUGUGCGGAGCUAAGGGAUGAGUUGAGGGAGGAGCUGAGGGAGGAGAUGAGAGCAGAGUUCUCUACACAUUUACAGCAGCUGAGAGCUGAGAUGAUGGCCUUUGUGUCACAGGGGGCAAGUGUGGAUCCUAACAGACAGGCUCCUGAUGCAUCGAGUGGCCACCGGGCAUUUAGGGAAUCUGCAGAAGACGAGAAUCCAUAUACACCACCACCAGAAGAUCAGAUAUUUCCUGAGUAGCAGUUUGCUUCUUGUGGAAUGCAGCCGUGUGAAGAUUGCGACGGACUUUUGUUUAUGAAGAAAACUUUUAUUUUUGAUUUACGUUAUUUAGAUUUGUGAACAACAUUAUGUAUGUAUUAUGCAAAAUUAUGUGGUUGGAUAAUUUUGAUGAUGUGUUGUUAUGAAUGGAAGAGUACUUUAAU